UCAACUCACCUACACUCCUUCUCUACCCAAGAACAACCUCAACAACCAGCACCAUGUGUGGCUACUACGGAAACUACUAUGGCAGCAGAGGCUAUGGCUAUGGAGGCCUGGGCUAUGGCUAUGGAGGUCUGGGCUGUGGCUUUGGAAGCCUGGGCUGUGGCUAUGGCUCCUACUAUGGGUCUGGCUACCGUGGACUGGGCUGUGGCUAUGGUUGUGGUUAUGGCUAUGGCUCACGUUCUCUCUAUGGCUGUGGCUAUGGAUGUGGCUCUGGCUAUGGAUCUGGAUUUGGUGGCUACUAUUGAAGACACCAUGGGAGACUCUCACCUCCUCCAACUGUAACUUUAAGACUCACCAAUUCUGAGCCACACAUGCACUGAGCCUCUUCUCUGAAGAUGAUACUGCCAAGAGGUCUAUCAUGAUAUGCUGUGACCUACACAGAGGCCACAUACUUCCUGGAUGUCCCUCACAAAGGGAGGGAAUGAAAUUUACCUGACCUCUGUCACUUCUACAGUUCAGAAUGAUGUCAUCAGAUGACAAUGGCCUUGGUGACUUUCACUCUUUUCCUCAUUUAUCUCUUCUCUAAUAAACAUCAUUAAUACAAAAAUUA